GGUCACUGCGCUAAUUAAAGAUCAUCAUAGAAGUAAAACCAUUAUAUGGCUGUUGCUGAGGUAUGUUUGCUGAUUCGAAACUAUCAUACGCUUGAAAAAUAUCUGACACUUCUUGCUGAAAAGCAUUUGUUAAUUCAAAACUAUCAUCUGUUUGAUGAAUAUACUCUAGCUCAGAAUCAUUAUAUGGUUGCUGUGUAUAAGUAUCAUAUGUUUGUAAAAUAGAUUCCUCUGCUAAUUCAAAAUUAUUAUAUGUUUGAAGAAAGUUUGAUAAUUCUUC